AUGCCUGACUGGAAGGCUAUGUUCGCCCCGGCGCCGUCCCUCGACGUGCCCGGCCUCGAGACCGUCGACCUCGCCGAUAAGGAGAUGGAGCGCCGCAUCGUCCGCAAGCAGGACCUCCGAAUCCUCCCCUGGAUCUGUGUGACCUACCUGCUGAACUACCUCGACCGCGUCAACCUCGGCAACGCCCGCACGCUCAACAACGACACGCCCGAGGACAACAUCGUCACCAUGCUCAACCUCACGGGUCAGCGCUACAACGUCGCCGUCGCCCUCUUCUUCGUCCCCUACGUCCUCAUGGAGUUCCCGUCCAACAUCAUGCUCAAGUACUUCUCCCCCUCCAAGUGGAUCUCCCGCAUCAUGGUCUCGUGGGGCAUCGUCACCAUCUGCACCGCCGCCGUCACCACCUACGGCGGCCUCCUCGCCGUCCGCAUCAUGCUCGGCCUCGCCGAGGCCGGUUUCUUCCCCGGUAUCAUGAUGUACCUCUGCUUCUGGUACAAGCCCGAGGAGCGCGCCACCCGCAUGGCCAUCUUCGCCUCCUCCGUCGCAGUCGCCGGCGCCUUCGGCGGCCUGCUCGCCACGGGCAUCUCCUUUCUCAACCGCAAAGGCGGCCUCACCGGUUGGCAAUGGCUGUUCAUCCUGGAAGGAAUCCCCGCCGUCAUCGUCGGCGUCAUGGUCUGGUUCAUGCUGCCCGACUACCCACAGACGGCCGCCUGGCUGACGCCCGAGGAGCGCGCCUUCGCCGUCAAGCGCCUCGGCCCCUUUGCGCCCUCGAUGAAGGACAAGCACUGGGACGGCAAGGUGGCGCGCAAGACGGUGGCCGACCCCUACUUCUGGCUCUUCGCCGUCAUGUACUUCCUCAUGACCAACUCGCUCAACGCCUUCGGCUACUUCGCGCCCACCAUCGUCUCCUCGCUCGGCUUCAAGGGCUACAACGCCCAGCUGCUGACCGUCCCGCCCAACGUCUUCGCCAUGUUCGUCAUCAUCGGCAACUGCCUGCACAGCGACAAGACCAAGGAGCGCUCGCGCCACGUCAUCGGCGGCCUCGUCUUCGUCGCCACGGGCUACCUGCUGCUGGCCGUCGUGAAGCACUGGGGCGUGCGCUACUUUGCCGUCAUGAUCAUCGCCUGUACCAACGCCGCCGUCCUCCCCUUUGUUGCUGUAAGUUUUUUUGUUUUUUUUUUCCUUUCUAUUCUUUUCUGUGGACACAUAUCUGUAAAUGGCGAUACUGUACAAGUUUCGCCUUGGAGAGAGAGAGAGAGAGAGACAGAGUGA